AUGAUUUCCCACAUCGUCCUUCCAGUAAUCCUGGCGGCUGCGACGGCACUCGCCGCAGACAGCUAUGCACCACACUACGUCGACUGUCCCGAAGACAUCCAGCUCGUUCGCCAGCCCCGGGCGACCUCUUUGGCUGAGUCGGAAUGGGUCCACGGCCGCAAGGGACAGAUCGUCGACUCGCUGGGCAGGUAUCUCUCGAACCUAGACCUGGAAGGCUUCAACACCACAGAGUACAUGGCCCGAGUGCGCGCCAACGUUGACUACAACGUUCCAGUAAUCGGCUGGGCCAACAGCGGCGGCGGCUGGCGCGCAUCCAUGACAGGCGUGGGCGGGCUGCAGGCCAUCGACGAGCGAACGCCGGGGGCCGCAGAAGCCAAAGUGGGCGGCCUGUUCCAGAUGCUGACCUAUAUUGCCGGCCUCUCCGGCGGCUCGUGGCCCGUCUCGUCGCCCGUCUUCCACAAUUAUGCGCCCAUCAGCCAGAUGAUCGCCGACUGGCAGGUUGACGUGAACCGGUUCACCGACGCCGACGUGGAGAGCUAUUUCGAGAUCAUCGCCGAAAAGGCCGAGGCCGGAUUCAAUGUGACCGUGGCAGACUUCCUGGGCCAGGGGUUUGCCGCCCAGGUCAUCCCCGGCGUGAACCGUACAUGGUCGUCUAUCCCGGAGCUGCCAGGCUUCAAGAACUUCAGUGGACCCAUGCCGAUCCUGAUCGCCAGCAGCAUCAACAAGAGCUCACCGGUCGAGGACGGCAUCUAUGUUCCCUCGUGGGAGGCCCCAUGGUACGAAUGGAACCCCUUCGAGUUCGGAUCAUGGGCAACUGGGUUCGUACCGACCAAGUACGUCGGCACCAUUCCCAAUGAGAACAACACAGCCGAGCAAUGCGUCGAGAAUCUCGACCAAACCAGCUUCGUCCUCGGCUCUGUCGCCAGCGCAUGGAACUACUGGUAUCUCUCAGACGUGACCAACGGCACGCUAGGGACAUUCUCCAAGCGCGACAGUGCCAUUGAGAAACGAGACACAGAGACAGACGAGCUAGUCGAGUUCAUCGAUGGCCUUGUCAGCGAAUACUUCAACUCCACAGUCUCCCAGAUCAGCAACCCCUCAAUCCCCAACGCCUUCAACCCCGACGAAAACAUCACCUUAGCCGACGGCUCCGAAGCAGGACAAUCAAUCCCCUUCAUACCGCUCAUCCAACCCGAGCGAAAGCUCGACUUCAUCAUGGCCUGGGACGACGACUCCGACUCCGAACCCUACACAUGGAACAACGGCACCAACAUCUGGGACAGCUACGUGCACGCCAAAUCCCACGGCCUGCCAUUCCCCGAAGUGCCACCCGUCCGGGAAAUGCUAGCCCGCAACUACACCCUCAAGCCCGUCCUGUUCGGCUGCGACACGAACCUCACCACCACCCGCGACGCCACCUCCCCUAUCAUCGCGUACUUUGCCAACUCGCCGUACAGCUGGUACAGCAACUUCAGCUGGUCAACGGAUACCAUGUCGAACGCUGAGGCCCACGGCGUGCUGCAGAAUAGCUUUAACCUGGUAACGCAGGGGAACAGUACCCUGGACAGUACCUGGGUGGAGUGUCUUGGCUGUGCAGCUAUUGAUCGUAGCUUGGCGCGGGUGGGGAUGCAAAGGUCCCAGGCAUGCGAGCAGUGUUUCCAGGAACAUUGCUGGGAUGGGACUUUGAGUGCGGGUGUGGGGGAGGACUUUAUGUUGAAUCCGUACCCGGCGUUGGAGCCUGGGCUUAGUUAUAAGGUGUGGAGUGAAGAGCAUCCUGAUAUGGAGUAG